AUGUCUUCGGAAGCGCUGGCGAGUAACCAUAACCAGGACGUCAACAGCAGCUUUUCUUAUGAGGACAACUGGUACAUCUAUGAGCCAAUGGGAGAACUGGAUGACAUGAACCGUGAUGCUAUCUCAGCCUGCCUUCCUACCGUCCCUUUUGAUCUCUACCACGUCUGCAUGGCUCCAGUAUCCCUGAUGGUAUUGCUGGUGCUAUCUCUGCUGAUAAAAAGGAAGCGCCUCUAUAAACACUGUUUGGACGGAGCUCCCGGUCUGUUAAGCCCAGUGCAUUUCUUGGAAGAGGAGGGAAUCAAGGGAGUGACGGUGGCCGUGUUUGGCAUCCUCUUCUCCUCCUUAUGCAUGCUGGUUCUGGAUGCCAACCCCCUGCCUUUCGUCUCCAGCUCUUCUUCGCACAGUCGAGAGUACUGGAAGAUCAUGGCUUUGCUCUAUUACCCUGCCUUCUACUACCCUUUAAUUGCAUGUGCUACAGUCCAACACAGAAUUGGGUACUUCUUUGGCUGCUUGCUGUCCUGGUGCCAUUGUGUGGUCCAUAUCUGGCAGAAGGUGGAAUGUCCUGAGUCACCCAAGAUUUAUCGGUACUAUUCCCUGCUCUCUUCUGUUCCUAUCAUUUUGUGCCUUGUGGUUCUGAGUCUCUGGUAUCCUGCACAGCUUGUCAAGAACUUCAGACGGAAGGAGAAGAUGGCUGAGGAGGUACUUGGAAACGGAUUUUACAAAGAAUACCUGAAGAAUAUUCUGGCUAAAAGACCACCAGAGGGAAAUGCAGGCAAAGGCAAGCCUGGUGUGUUUUCAAGACUCCAAUCAUAUUUGCAUUCUUACAUAUACACACCACAGGAAGGCUUCCGGAUCCCUCUGAAGCUGGUUCUCUCACUAGCCAUGGCGGUGAUAGCUGUCUACCAGGUUGCCCUUCUGCUUCUUGUGACGUUCGUCCCCAACAUCCAGAUAGUGAGGUCCGGCAUGACAAUGGAUGUAACCGCCUUGCUAGUCCAGUUCGGCCUCAUCCCCAUGGAAAACCCAGCGAGUCUCCCGGGAGACAAGGAGCUGGCAACAGCCAAGCACUAUGUCUGGGCACUGGAAGUGUGCUUCGUCUCCUCCCUCGUUGUCUCCUGCCUGUUGACUUUCAGCAUGCUGAUGAGGUCCCUGGUGAGGCACAGGAUCAAUCUCCAGCGUCUGUACCGUGGGGCUGUCGUUGAUGUUUUCUAUCGCCCCCGCAAGCUCCAGCCUUCUCAACAGGCCCUUGUUUGCUGGAUGUGUUUCACAGGCUUCCAGGCAGCCUUUACCUGCUUGGGUCUACUCAUCCAGCAGCUUGUUUUUUUCAUCUGCGCUGUGGCUUUCACGUUCCUCGUGGUUAUCCCUUUGCAAUCUGGCACCAACAUGUACCUCUUCAAGAUUGCGGAGAACAUGUGGCCCUUCUGGUUGACCUUGGUGGCAUCCGUCAUUGUUCAGAACUUCCUGACACACUACUUUUUCCUUGAAAAAGGCCAUCUACCAAGAGAGCUGACCAACAGGCGAGCGUUGUACAUCGUGACGUAUCUGCUCUUCCCGCUGAAUGUACUGGUGGGAGUCCUGGCCGGCGUUUGGAGGAUGGUGGUUUCUGCUCUUUACAAUGUUGUUCACUUCUGCCAGCUCGAUGUGAGCCUCCUCAGCCACGGGGCAGAGGCCUUUGAUCCAGGCUACCGCACUUAUUGUUACUACUUGAAAAUUGAGGUCAGCCAAUCCCACCCGGCGAUGAAAGCCUUCUGCUUGCUGCUCCUCCAGUCACAAAGCCCACAGGGGCCGAAGGGACAACAACCCAGCGAUAUAGAAGAAGGGGUGAUGCUGAUGAACCAGCCGGCAUCCAAAGCCUCCCAUCGCAAGCAGAACUGUGCCCGGUGGUGGCUGGCAUAUACCCUCCUCAACAACCCUUCGCUCCUGCCCUACCGGAAGGCGGUUCUGUUGAACGCCGCAGCCAACGGGAUGCAAACCAGCCCGGUGAAGCCUUGAUAGUACAAAAGCCCUAGCUU